CCCCACUCCCAACACUUUGCUCGAGGCUUCUGCUGGCAGAGGAGCAGCGGAUGAGAUGGGGACAGCCACAGAGGGCCCUGUGACAGCUGCUGCAGGUUUGCCCAGUCUGUUCCCAACCCUGGGAGGCUCUGCAAACACGAGCUCUGUGGCUAACACCAGUGGAGCUCCCUCCUCUGCACCGUGCCAGCGUGACACCACCGUCACCCACCUGCUCUUCCCCGUGCUCUACACCCUCAUCUUCCUCCUGGGGCUCCUGCUGAACAGCCUGGCCUGCUGGGCCUUCUUCCACAUCCCAAGCACAUCAACCUUCAUCAUCUACUUGAAAAACAUCUUGGUUUCUGAUUUCAUCAUGACGCUGAUGCUGCCCCUGAAGAUCCUGACAGACUCCGGCCUGGCGCCGUGGCAGCUCAAGGCCUUUGUCUGCCGCUUCUCAGCCGUGAUAUUCUAUGACACCAUGUACAUCAGCAUCGUGCUGCUGGGGCUCAUUGCUUUCGACAGAUUUCUCAAGAUUGUGAGACCUUUUGGGAAGUUCUGGGUGCAAAACCUGACCUCAGCAAAGAUCCUGGCGUCUCUGGUCUGGCUCUUCUUCCUCGUCCUGUCCCUGCCCAACAUGGUCCUGUCCAACAAGGCAGCGACGCCGCAGUCCGUGAGGAAGUGUGCCUCCUUGAAGAGCCACCUCGGGCUGAAAUGGCACGAGGCUGUCAACUACGUCUGUCAGUUCAUCUUCUGGACUGUCCUCCUCCUCAUGCUGCUAUUUUAUACAGUCAUUGCCAGAAAGGUAUAUGAGUCCUAUGUAAAAACACAGAAGAAAGGCAACAGAAGCGAAAAGCGGAUCAAGGGGAAAGUAUUCAUCAUUUUUACCGUGUUCUUCCUGUGCUUUGCCCCCUUCCACUUCAGCAGGGUGCCCUACACUGUGAGCCAGACGAGCUUCCACAUGGAGUGCCGGCUGCAGAACCAGCUGUUCGUGGCCAAGGAGAGCACGCUGUGGCUGGCGGCCACCAACGUCUGCAUGGACCCCCUCAUCUACCUGCUCCUCUGCAAGCCCUUCCUGGAGAAGGUCUUCCACAGGAGGGUGAGGGCUCUGCAGGGAGCAGCCCAGGCAAACCCAAAAACAGAGCUGGACACACGAGUAUCUCCCACCGAGUCCUGAUUCUGCAGCUGCACACUCUGCUCUGCAUCCGCAUGGAGAACUUGAAAAACAGUUUGGUUUACUUCUGCUGAAGAGCACAAAAGGGUGUUUGCCAAGCAAUACUAACACUCAAUAAAUGCAGCAAAAUGGAUUUUCUAAGUACACUCACUGCAUAGCCUUAAUGGCCAAAAGGCUCUUGCUCAAACUGCCUAAGACAAUCCACAGGUUAAUUCUCUCUGCUUUAAACUAAACCAACUCACUUGCUAACACCUGAGCAGCUUACUGACUCUGGCUGCUCUGAAGGGCAAUCCAGCUUUAUUUGGGAGUGAACCCCAGAGCUGGUGACUGUGCAUGUCAGUAAUUCCUACCCUGAGUGUCAGCUUGGCUGCACACCAAGAGCAGGCAAGGGGAGGAACAGAGGCAAGGACUCGGUCCCUUCCCAGCCCUCCUCGCCUCUCUCACACAUGUAAUUACUUUGCUGCCACCCAUGCUGUUUCACCACCCUUCCUUCUGCUCCCAGCAGCAGCACCUGGUGGAGGGCAGUGCUGGCAGUGCCCCAGUUCAGUACCCCAGCUCAGCACCCCAGUUCAGCACCCCAGUUUCCCAGGACAAUGCUGGCAGUACCCCAGUUCAGCACCCCAGUUCAGCAUCCCAUUUUCCCAGGACAUGCUCCUAUCCAAGUGAGCAGAGCAGCCAGGGCUGCAUCCUGACCCUGAGCCAUGUGGGGCUGAGCCCCACGCUGCCCUCACCAUUAAGGAACACCCAGAGAUGCCCCCUUGGUGGCACCUUCACCCUUCCAGUCCCAGCCCAGGCCAGGAGAAGGGGCAGGGGGCCCUGAGAGCCUCCCCAUCCAGAGAAUCCUCUCCACCCAGCUCACCAGACCACUCACAGGGCUCUCCCUGCCUAUCCCACAGGGACUGUGCCUGCACAGAAACACUUCCUAACCCCAGAGCCUGGAAUUUAUCUCACUAGUUCAAGACUGCAGUGUCCCUCAUCCCAAACCACCCCUUCUCCUCCAGCUCUCCUGCCAGCUUUACUCUCUCUCACACGUGCCAGACACUUUGAUCACCACCAGACUGCUAUUUUUAGAAUUCCAUUGUUCACAGCAGCCCAAUCCAACCCAGCAGGUUGCUCCAUACAGCUUGAUUUUCUCAAAGCUGCUCUAGAUUGCUGUGCAUUAAUUAUCUCUGCCCCUGGGGUUCCCCAGCCUAUGCCACACAGGGAGAUGUAUGUCUUAUUUAGCAACUUCUACCCACUACAUCUCCUCCACCAGGCGUGUUACACACCUUCCACAGCUGGAACACCCUUCCUAACUGGAAACUGAACUAUCUCCAAUCAGCUUUCAAUUGGUUCUGAAUCUGCCUAUAAAUCAACAUUAUCUCAGCCAUUGUCUACCUCUUACAUUAAAUGUUGCCGCAUUAAAGGCUCUCCCCACACACACAUGCACUGUUAACAGGAUUAACUUUGCUCCUUUAGGAAAAGUAAAUAUAAUAAAUUCUCAGCUGCUGAAGUAGCCAGCCCUUCAGUAACUGCUUGGAGGAGCGUACAGGAGGCUGGAAAUGUUCCUCCAACCUGCUGACACAGCCUGACAAUAACAGAGGGCCCUGAGCCAGACACUGGCACAGGAGGGUCUGUGCACUGGCCUUCCCCAAAGCACAGCUCACACAGAGCUCCAGGGACGGCCAGCACAUCCAGCUCUGGACCGGCAGAGCAGGCGGGCACUGAGGAACUAAGAAGAUGAAAAACAGAAAUGUCUUGUACUUUGUGAUUUCUGCUCGUGACCGAGGCUCAUCCAACGCUGUGCACACACACUGGCAGCUCACACAGCUGAGAGCCCGUGUUAGGGUGGGUGUAACCACAAAAUGGGAUGAGUUGGUCCUUAAAUAAAGGGUGUGACAAAGGUU